CCGACGGCCACUCACUUCGGCUGGCCCCUACGCCGCCACCCUGCAACAAAAAACGAGAGCACGAGCAGCACAGCUCGAGCAAACGGCAAGAAAUCAGAAUCAGGGAAGAAGGAAGAAGAGAGCACGCGAUUCCGUCUCAUGGCGCUCUUCUCCGUCCUGCACUCAUCGCCGCUGGCUGUCGCCGCGGCGGCGCCGUCUUCUCGGCCGCCGUGCUUCAGCUGCAGUUCUAGCCAUGCAUCCGUGCUGCGCGUCACCUCCAGCAAGAGGAGAGUCUCCUCCAGGGCUGCCACGUCACUCUCCAUCAGGUGCGAGCAGAGCGCGAAGCAGGGCGGCGGCGGCGGCGCAGACGUGUGGCUAGGCCGCGCGGCCAUGGUCGGCUUCGCCUCGGCGAUCGCCGUCGAAGUGUCCACCGGCAAAGGCUUCCUUGAGAACUUCGGCGUGGCGACUCCGGCGCCGACGCUGGCGCUGGCCGUGUCGGGGCUCGUCGUCGGCCUGGCCGUCUUCUUCCUGCUCCAGUCCGGCUCGCAAGACUGAGACUGACCGCAUCAAAGAUCACACCGCGGUGCAGUGCAUGCAGGUUGAUUGGAGAGUCUGCAUAUAUGUGCUCUUUCAGAUUAUUAUUUUUCCCCCUUGUGACAUCCUAUGCUAUGCAGCAACUGACGCUCAUCUGCCACUUACCAGUUCGUGCGAUCACAAUGAAAAUUUCAUGUAAAAAGAAUUUGCUAUGAAUUUUUUCCUCCUGCUCAACAGCUCAAGUCCACAUCGCCAACCUAACCUUGCCGGCCUCAGAUCAGUGGCCCGGUCAGCUACUAGUAGUACCAAAUACAAUAAUUAUGUUUACUGUGCAUUUGUGCUUCGAUACAUCUGAAUAUGAACAUAUGGAGCAACAUUUUCCUUUC